CCACUGUUUGAUUCAAUGCUGCGAUUACCUUUAACUUCAAAUCACACUAUUAAAAAACACACCUUAUCAGUGGAACUGAGGUUGACGCUACUAAAUGAAGGGCCACGAUAUGACUCAGUGCAUAUAUACUUAAGUCCUGCUUCCUCAGAGUCGACACCCUUCAGUCGGAUACUCUGCAGGGACGAAGGCUGGACGUCAAACUACGAGCUCAUUCUGAAGACCUGUCAGCUGGAGGCUCACGAAUCUCUUUCAGAAAUGUACCGAACCACCUUGGUGGCGCUUGCAGUGCUGCUCUGCUCUGCAGCUUUGGUAAAUGGAGGGAAGGUCUUGGUGUUCCCUGUGGAUGGAAGUCACUGGAUCAACAUGAAGGUCAUUAUCGAGGAGCUUCACUCCAGAGGCCAUGAUGUCACUGUGUUGCGCCCGUCAGAUGCCUGGUACAUCAAGCCAGAUUCCCCUCACUACAAGUCCAUCACGCUGAAUGCUGCAGGUGGUUUCGAUCAUGACAAUUUUGGCGAAUUUGUAAAGAGAACGGUGGAGAUACGACGGCAAGGGGCGUCAUUUUGGACUCGUAUGGCUCUGGAGAUUGACUUGAUAAAAGAGUCAAACAAGAUCCACAGGAUGGUGCUUCUAAUGAUAGAGGAAAUGUUUGCGGAUGACAAACUAAUGAAGAGCCUCCGCGAUACCAAGUACGAUUUGGUCCUGACGGACCCUGCGAUUGGUGGAGGAGUUCUUCUGGCUCACCGUUUGGGUCUUCCACUAGUUCUUAAUGUGAGAUGGACUAUUCAGGGUGAAGGGCAUCAAGCAAUCGCCCCUACUCCGCUAUCCUACGUCCCAAUACCCUGGUCAGAGUUGACUGACAAGAUGACUUUCACCGAGCGGGUCCAGAACAUGCUGACCUACAUUUUCAUGAGUUUACAGAUUAUGUAUGUCGUUGACCCAAACUACAUACCGUUCGUCCAUCGACAUUUCGGCCCGAACGUCCACUACAUGGAGCUGUUCCAGUCGGCUGACAUCUGGCUCAUGAGGAAUGACUUCACCUUCGAGUGGCCGCGACCCACCAUGCCCAACAUCGUCUACAUGUCGGGAUUCCAGUGCAAACCUGCCAAGCCCCUGCCCAAAGAACUGGAGGAUUUCGUGCAGAGUUCCGGCGAACACGGUGUCAUUGUGAUGACGCUGGGGACCCUGGUGGAAAAGCUUCCCGAGGACAUCACCGAGGACAUCGCCGCAGCAUUUGCGCAGCUUCCCCAGAAAGUGAUCUGGAGGCACAAAGGCAAAAGACCGUCCACGCUCGGAAACAACACCUUAAUGUUGGACUGGUUGCCCCAGAACGACCUCCUGGGUCACCCUAAAACCAGGGUGUUCGUAGCCCACGGAGGCACCAAUGGCAUGCAGGAGGCCAUCUACCACGGCGUCCCCCUGGUCGGACUGCCGCUCAUGUUCGACCAACCCGACAACUUCUUUAGGAUGAAAGCCAGAGGCGUGGCCAAAGUCCUGGACUUGGCGACAGUGAACAGAGACAACUUCCUGGAGGCACUGAAGGAGGUCCUGUACAAACCGUCCUACAAGGAGAAGAUGAAGGUUCUGUCCAGCCUGCACCGAGAUCAGCCCAUGAAGCCGCUGGACCGGGCAAUGUUCUGGAUCGAGUUUGUCAUGAGGCACAAAGGAGCGGCCCACCUAAGGACAGAGUCUUACAAGAUGUCCACGAUCCAGUACCACUCCAUCGAUGUGGCGGCGUUCCUGCUGGCAGUUGUUUUGCUAAUAUUUGCUGUUUUUAUUGCUGCAGUCAAGUUUCUCUGGCGAAGGUUAUUUUACCGGAACAAAGUCAAAAAGGAAUGAUAUCUAUAAUCUGUUUUUGCAUUUUGGAUGCAAAUAGUUCUGAUAUUUUCUAAUGACCACAUGUAAACACAUAAGGAUAAUCAGCAGGAUCUCAAAUCUGAGAAUGUGAAAAUAUAAUCUGGUGAAAAGUGCGACCUUCAGGGAACAAAUCAGAAAGUUUUAUGGAAUUGAAAUAUGGAGUUUUGUACCAGUGCUCUGCCUAUCGUAAAUUACUGCAAAUAAAAUAAAACACAUAUAACAAAUGG